ACGUGAUUAACUCUCGCCUGCCGGUGAGUCGAAGAGCGCGACCGACGAGAACUACAUUUCGGUUAACUGCUCUCCUUAAUUUCUGCCAUUUUUACUGAGUUAACGUGCGUAGAGACCUUUGUGGUUACAAUGGGAUCUGAAUUGCAUGGCCAAACGGUCAAGUAACAGUGCACGUGUAUUUUAUGCUUCGAGCUGUUCAGAAGGAAACUCAUUUUCGAUACUGGUGUUUGGAAAGAAUAAAUAUAUAUUUUAAUUGUGCCUUGACGUCUUAUAAUGCUCUCAAAUACCGAAAAAGAGCUUAUUAUACAGAUAUGGGACAAAAUGAUUCCAGUGGCAGAAGAUAUUGGAUCUGAGGCUCUUUUAAGGAUGUUCACAACGUUCCCCAAAACAAAGACAUACUUCUCUCAUCUAGACAUCAGCCCCCGUUCAGAGCAUUUACGCUGCCACGGGAAGAAAAUUGUCCAGGCUUUAGCCGAGGGCGCGAGGAACAUAAGCACACUUACCACUACAUUGGCACACCUCAGCAGGUUCCAUGCCUACCAAUUGCGAAUACAUCCUACCAACUUUAAGCUUUUCAAUCAUUGCAUGCUUGUGACGCUCGCGUGCUAUAUGGGUGAUAACUUCACCCCAGUUGCACACGCGGCGGUGGACAAGUUUCUUUCUGCUUUCUCUGCUGUUUUAGCUGAAAAAUUCCGAUGAAGACCCGACUGAGAAAGAUGAAAUGGUUCAGCAAACAUAUAUAUCUUAAUAAAUGUGUUGCAAAUUUGUGUCUUUCAUAUUUAUAUAUAAUAAUGUCAUAUGCUAUUCAGUAAGAAAGAACAUAGCUACAUUUUGGCUAUAUGCUAGGACACCUCCCUUAAUGAACUCUUCUCCGAUAGCGCCCUCUGUGAAAUUGUUACAGUGCGUUCAAUGUUUUUUCUUGGUUUGUUUGUUAUGGAUUGAUGUCUAUAACGCAACGCACAAAUGCAUGCUGUGUUUUUAGAAUCUUGGCCAUCUAAUGAAAUUCCAUCCUCAUUACUAGAAUUCCCGUCAUUAAAAAAUGCUGAAAUAAAUAAAUAAACAAACACCUGAUUGUCA